AUGGCAAAACCUCAGAAGAUGAAAGUGAUGUUGAAAAUGGCAGAUGAAACAGUGAUCUCUGCUACAGCUAUAGAAGAUAUGAAGAUUCUAGUGAAAGGAAUAAAUAUGCUGUUAAAUGAUGUCUGCUAUGUUCUGAAGUUAGAAGUGAACCUCAUGAGUAUGACAAGAUUAAAUGAGAAUGAUAUCUAUGAGAUGAAAAGACCAGUUAUAUACAGAGACUUGAUCUGA